CAACAACAACAACACAAACAAUAAUAAACGGAAACGACAACAGCCUGAAAAGCAAGACAAUUUACCAAGUGCAUGGUGCUGCUCGCUGAUUGUCGAUGAUGUAAAUCAUGGAAAUAAAGGUACUAAAUGAGCGUUCGCAGUAGAGAUGUGGCAGACCGUGCUAUUUGUCCAGCAUCAAGGCCUAAAAUGCCGGUGAAUGGCCAGGAAAGAGGAGAACAGAUCACUAAUGGCUUUGAUGACAUGGACUGCAAACAGGAUGAUUUUACUGAUCGGUUGUUGUUGAAAAGUGAGAAGAUGAGACUGAACUCUUUCAAGGACUGGCCAAAGUCAUCUCCUGUGAGACCAGAAGAACUUGCCAAAGAUGGAUUUUACUUUUUGGGACAACCAGAUCAGGCAAAGUGCAUAUUUUGUAAUUUAGUGUUAAAAAGUUGGGAACAAGGCGAUAGAGUGCGUACAGAACAUUCAAAAUUUAACUCUUCAUGUCCUUUUUUAGCUAAGCAAAAUGUUGGAAAUGUUCCCCUCCCUCAGACAGCUUGCAAUGCAACUCACAGAACAAAUGUUGCAAAGUUUCCGGAGUACAGUAAACCUGUCACAAGGCAGGAAACGUUUCGAAAGUGCGGAGUUAAAUUUCCCGUUAGUGUUGACAAUAUGGUGGAUGCAGGAUUCUUCUAUACUGGUCCAGACGACUGUGUGAAGUGUUUUCACUGUGGGAUCAUGUUCCGGCAGUGGGAGGCACAUGAUGUCCCUCUACAGGAGCACCUGCACUGGGCCCCUGAAUGUCAGUAUGCACGCAGUGUAACAGCUAGUGAUGAAAACAGCCAGCUACAAAGCAGCCCUUUUGUACAGAAGGUGCUGGACAUGGGCUAUAGUAGAGAGCUGGUGAACAUUGCUGUACAGAGGCACCACAGAACAACAGGUGCUGAGUACAGUGAGUUAAAUCAGCUCCUGGACGCUGUGGAGGCACUGCGCAGACAACAGGAUCAUGUGUACCCACCCAGCGGUGAAGGACUUCUGUCAGGCCCUUCUUCAUCUACUGAAGAUGAAUUACGGAAAAUGCAAGAAUCACUGCAAUCGACAUCACACCAUAGCACAGCCUCGCGACAUCGCACCAAUACACAACCCAGGGACAUCACACCAUUACACAACCAGGCGACACCGCACCAUUACACAACCAAGCGACAUCGCACCAAUGCACAACCGAGGGACAUCGCACCAUACACAACCAAUACAUAUCUCACCAUUACACAACCAAGCGACAUUGCAUUAAUGCACAACUAA